AUGGGAUCUAACUGUUCAAAUUGUGGACAAUGCUAAAAAGACAAUAAAGAUCUAUUAUACGAAGUUAAUAUUACAAAAAAAACAGAAAGUAAUAAAAAUGGAAUGUCAAUUCUGUCCUAACCAUCUCAAGCCUCUAAUCAUACCGUUAAAGUUGUCAUCACUAUCUAUAUUAGACCCAAUCAAAGAUGAAUCAGGUUAAGGAUAACAAGGAAGUAAUGAAGCAAAAGCAAUUAGAAGGUUUGCGAUCCUAGAAAGCAAUCAUAAUUUAAAAAUAAUGGAGAGGGCAUAAAGCAAGAUUAAUUUUUAAAGAUUUGAAACAAGGGAAGCAAGAGGUUGCAAAAUCUGAUGAACAAGCUGCAAGUUAAAGUAAAUUGAAGAGAAACACUUUCAAAUAUUUCAAUUCAGAAGAAUAUGCAGGUAGCAUAAAAUAAUUAUAAGGUCAGAUGUGAAUCCAAAUAAUACUUUGAGAGAAAAAAGACCCAAAUAUUAAUUUAGGAGUGGUACUUCCUAUGAAGGAGAAUGGAUAGGCGAUAAACGAGAUGGACAAGGAACUCAAAUUUGGCCAGACGGAGCUAGGUAUGUAGGACAAUGGUCAAAUAAUAAAGCCAGUGGGAAAGGGACGUUUUAUCAUGUUGAUGGAGACUCAUAUUCAGGAUAAUGGGAGAACGAUAAGGCUAAUGGCUAUGGGGUCUAUAGACAAUCAAAUGGAGCCGUCUAUGAAGGUUAUUGGUAAAAUGAUUUUUAGCAUGGGAAAGGCCAUGAAGAAUGUAUUUUUAAUAUUAAAGAAAGGGAUUGAUAAUUCUAGUUAUAAAGGAGAGUAUUUUCAAGGUAAGAAGCAAGGUAAAGGUUUGUACAGAUGGCCAGAUGGAAGUCUUUUUGAAGGAACUUGGUUUGAUAAUAAAAUAAAUGGAUACGUAAUAUUUUUUAUUAUAAUCAGGGAGAGUACAGUUGGGCUGAUGGAAGAAAGUAUCAAGGGAAUUGGAGAUAUAACAAAAUGAAUGGCUAUGGAGUCUAUUAGUGGGCUGAUGGACGAUCAUAUCAUGGCGAAUAUUAGGAGGAUAAAAAGCAUGGGAAGGGUAAAUAUUUUUGGCCAGAUGGGAGGGUGUUUGAAGGUGAAUGGAAUUAAGGUAAAUAACAUGGAAGAGGCAAAUAUGUAUUGGCAGAUGGACAAACAAAAUUUGGUAUAUGGGAAAAUGGAAAAAGAAUCAGAUGGGAGCAAUGA